CCUCCCAUCCCCUCCUAUCAAGCCCCUUCGCGUUUUCAUCACGAAACUCUUGCCCUUGAGCCCUAUCAUCUAAGAAAUUGCCUUGUAUUGAAAGAAUAAAUCGUCCCUCGAGCACCAUGGGCGGCAGGGACGAAACCGGCACACCAGACCCUGUUGAGAAAGGGUUCGCCACCCUCAGUACCAUCCGGAUCGGUGUGAAAGCUAUGGUACAGAAAGAUGGAGAGUUACGGAAAGCGGAAAUCUUGUCUAUAAAGCAGCGAAAAGACGGCCCUUCCUUUUAUGUCCAUUAUGUUGAUUUCAACAAGCGUCUUGAUGAGUGGAUUGCCUCAUCACGCAUCGAUCUGUCGCAUGAAGUCGAAUGGCCCCAGCCAGAGAAACCGGAGAAGAAGAAAGCCGGCCCCGGCAACAAAGCACCCAGCAAGAACACGCAGAAACGCGCCAGAGCCGAGAGCCGCGAUGUCUCAGUCACCCCAGAUCUCCUCACGGGGAAGAACGCCAACGUCGGCAAAGCCCAGCGUCCCUCCAAGGCGGGUGGGAAGGAGAACCGCGGCGAUGAGACGCCGGCCAACCUCUCCAUCGGCGGCGGCUCCGAGGCCGUCUCCGCGGACGGGACCCCCAAGCCGGAAUCCGACGACGUGGACAUGGUCGAUGUCAGUUUCUCCAAAGACGUCAAGGAAGAAGAGAAAGCGCUGGGCCUCAUGUCCCGCGAAGAGGAGAUCGAGCGGCUGCGGACCAGCGGCAGUAUGACGCAGAACCCGACGGAGAUCCACCGCGUGCGGAACUUGACGCGACUGCAGAUGGGCAAGUACGAUGUCGAGCCGUGGUAUUUCUCGCCCUACCCGGCCUCGUUCUCGGACGCGGACAUUGUGUACAUCGAUGAGUUCUGCCUGGGGUACUUCGACAACAAGCGGUCGUUCGAACGCCACCGCUCCAAGUGCACGCUGGUGCACCCGCCCGGCAACGAGAUCUACCGGGACGACUACAUCUCCUUCUUCGAGGUCGACGGGCGCCGGCAGCGCACCUGGUGCCGGAAUCUCUGUCUGCUCAGCAAGCUGUUCCUGGACCACAAGACGCUCUACUACGACGUCGACCCCUUCCUGUUCUACUGCAUGUGCAGCCGCGACGAGACCGGCUGCCACCUGGUCGGCUACUUCUCGAAGGAGAAGGAUUCCGCCGAGGGCUACAACCUGGCCUGUAUCCUGACGCUGCCCCAGUACCAGCGUCGAGGCUACGGUCGUCUCCUGAUCUCGUUCAGCUACGAGUUGAGCAAGCGAGAGGGCAAACUGGGCUCGCCCGAGAAGCCCCUCAGUGAUCUGGGUCUGCUGGGCUACCGACAAUACUGGCGAGAGACGCUCGUGGAGAUCCUCAUGGAGUCUGGACGGGAGAACAUCAGCGAACACGACCUAUCCUUGCAGACCUCCAUGACCGAGAAAGAUGUCCAUGAAACACUGGUCGUGUUCAACAUGCUUAGAUAUCAUAAAGGCAACUGGGUCAUAGUCCUCACCGACCAAGUGGUCGAAGAGCACAAAAAGCGUCUCGAGAAGGAAAAGCUCAAGGGGGCUCGCAAGAUCGAUCCCGCCCGCCUGCAAUGGAAGCCGCCAGUCUUCACUGCCUCAUCGCGCACGUGGAACUGGUAAGGCGGACGUGGUGCUGUGUGGCCUUGCCAUAAGGUUUGCCUAUGGUCAAUGGUCUAAACAAGACUUUUCUAGCUCGCCAAGUAAAGCGAGGAUUGAUACCCCCUCUUCGCCUCCCUUCUUCAUUUACGAAUUUUGUUUUCUCGGAGUUCGGUGCUGCCUCUUAGAGAUGAUUUGCCUUUGUUUCUGUCCGGGGUGUUUGGUGAUCUUAUGGUGUUGAAGAGGGAACCGGGGUGUUUUUUGUUUCUCUCUAGUUGAGCCUUUUUUUUUUCUUGGACGGUGUAAUUUUACGAUCUUCUAGUCUAUGGAGCAGGGAACAGGUGAUGUUUCGCUGGAUGGUG